AUGGAUCAAGCGAAAUUGGCUAGAUUGCAGCAGAGCGUGCGCAUUGGAGGAAAGGGUACUCCCCGCCGCAAGACAAAGAAGGUCCACAAGUCAUCCGGCACUGAUGACAAGAAGCUGCAAACCUCCCUCAAGAAGCUCAAUGUCCAACCCAUCCAGGCCAUCGAGGAAGUUAACAUGUUCAAGGAGGAUGGCAACGUGAUCCAUUUCGCUGCCCCUAAGGUUCAAGCCUCCGUUCCUAGCAACACUUUCGCCAUCUACGGUAAUGGCGAAGAGAAAGAGCUCACUGAACUCGUACCCGGAAUCCUCAACCAGCUCGGCCCCGAUUCCCUUGCCUCCCUCCGCAAGCUCGCUGAGAGCUACCAGAAUAUGCAAAAGAAGGAAGGCGAAAAGAAGGAAGGUGAGGAUGAUGAUGAGGAUAUCCCAGAGUUGGUAGGGGAAACAUUCGAGUCCAAAGUCGAGUAA